AGGAUGGGGGGAGGGAGCGCACAACGUGCGCGCGCCCUCUCCCUCCUCCACCGCUGCCGCCUCCUUCUUCUGCCGCUCCUGGUGCUGCUUGUGUGCUCGUUCGGUGCGGACCUGGUACCUCUUUUGUGAAGCGGCAGCUGAGGAGACUCCGGCGCUCGCCAUGGCCGACGAAAAGCCCAAGGAAGGAGUCAAGACUGAGAACAACGAUCAUAUUAAUUUGAAGGUGGCGGGGCAGGAUGGUUCUGUGGUGCAGUUUAAGAUUAAGAGGCAUACACCACUUAGUAAACUAAUGAAAGCCUAUUGUGAACGACAGGGUUUGUCAAUGAGGCAGAUCAGAUUCCGAUUUGAUGGGCAGCCAAUCAAUGAAACAGACACACCUGCACAGUUGGAAAUGGAGGAUGAAGAUACAAUUGAUGUGUUCCAGCAGCAGACAGGAGGUGUCUACUAAAAAGGGAACCUGCUACUUUACUCCAGAAUUCUGUUCCUCCAGACCAAGAAGACAUUCUCAAUUAGAAAACUGCAAUUUGGUUCCACCACAUCCUGACUACUACAGUAUAGUUUCUCUAUUCUUUCAUUUUCCCCUUCCCCAUUCCUUUAUUGUACAUAAAGUAACUGGUGUAUGUGCACAAGCAUAUUGCAUUUUUUUUUUUUAACUAAAUGGCCAACGGUAUGUUUUGAUCGACAUCAAAUGGAGAUGGAAUGGGGAAGAAUACUGGUUCUGUGAAGAUACCCCCUUUUCUCCACUAGUGGCAUGCUCAUCAGCUCUUAUCUUUAUAUUCCAGUAAGUUAUUUUGCUCUCACUGUUUAACAAAAAAAGAACAACAUAAAAAUUCUUGCAUACCUUGUUCGAUUGGAGAAUUUUAAUGUUUUUCAUUUAUCAUUGUAAAACCAAGGACAAUUUUAUAACUUUUUUGUACGUAGCUGUUACAUGUAGGGCAAUCUGUCUUUAAGUAGGGAUAAAUUACUCUAAAAGAAAUGAAUCCUAGAUAGUUUUCCCUUCAAGUCAAGCGUCUUGUUGUUUAAAUAAACUUCUUGUUUAAAAUGA